CUGAACAAAUCAGCUGUUUGUGGUCAUUGUACCUUUCUAUUUACAUUUCAAAACAUGUGUUAAAUAAUCAAUUUUUAGGACAAAAUAAGGAAAACAUGACAGAAAAGGACACAAAUGCAAAUGAAGUCAAGCCCACGGGUCUCAAGGAUGAAUGGGCGAUAAGGCCCUGUUCCGUUUACAAAGAUGAAUAUGAUGAUUGCACCAGUUUUAAGGCUAGAUUCCAUCAAUACUUUAUACACGGAGAAAACACCGACUGUAGUCAAUGGCAGACAGACUAUAAAAACUGUGUAAAAUAUCAGGAUUCCAAUGGCAAUGAUGUUGCGGCCGGUGAGGCAGUUAUUCGAAGUGAAGAAGAAAGACGUUUGAAACGUUUCCAUGGUCAUUAUGGCAAUACGGUUUGGCAGAAACGAAAAAGUCCACCGGAAGAUUGGGCGGCGCCAUUGCCCGAAUGGAUGGCAAAGAAAAAUGAGAAUUCCUACCUCCAGCUGAAACAAAUGGAACUCGAGGGCCGAGCCGAACCCACAGAAACAAAAUCUUAUUGCAUGAUAAUGUAGUAGUACAAGCAAAACUUGUUAGUAAAUUUAUUUGCAAUUUAUUACACCAGA